CCCUGAACGAAACUACCAAAGUCUUUCGAAAUCCUUUUCACGCUUUCACACCCCUUGUAGCUGAGAGAGAGAAGAAAGACGACUUCUCCGUCUCCGAUUCGAUUCGCCUUCCCUUCCUUCUCCAGAGGCGUCUUCUUGCCUUUGAUUGCGUAGUAGAAUCGGAGCGCCUCGAAUUCGAUCGAACCGAGCUUGCUUUUUCUGCACUCUUUUCGGUUUUUCUAAUGGCGGAUGACGAUUACUACCCGUCUUCGAGCGAUGCGGGAGAGGACUACAACGAUGAGGACGUGUUUAUCGAAGAGUCCGCUGAUAAGCCCCACGAUGCCGUCAGUUGGUCCAUCUCUUCGGUCAUCACAAAAGAGUCUCUCUUGGCGGCACAGAAGGAAGAUUUGCGAAAGGUAAUGGAUGUGUUAGCUAUAAAAGAGCAGCAUGCACGAACCCUGCUUAUCUAUUACCAAUGGAAUGUGGAGAGGGUAUAUGAGUUGCUCGAACGAAAGGGGAGAGAACAGUUGUGUUGUGAUGCAGGGGUUCCUAUCACUGUGAACAAAGGCCUUGACUUAUUGAAGUCUUCAUCCCCCAUUACGUGCAGUAUAUGCUUUGAAGAUGUUGCUCCUAGUAAAGCCACAGCAAUGGAUUGUGGACACUGCUAUUGUAAUGAUUGUUGGACACAACAUUUUAUCGUCCAGAUAAAUGAUGGGAAAAGUCGGUGCAUUAGGUGCAUGGCCCCGAAGUGCAAUGCUAUUUGUGAUGAAGCUGUUGUUAGAAGUCUAGUCAGUGAAAGGCACCCAGAUAUUGCAGAUCGCUUUGACCGUUUUCUUCUUGAGUCUUACAUUGAAGAUAAUAAUAUGGUUAAAUGGUGUCCUAGCAUACCGCAUUGUGGAAAUGCAAUACGUGUUGAGGGUGAUAUAUAUUGCGAGCUCGAGUGCACAUGUGGUCUCCAGUUUUGUUUCAAUUGCUUGUUAGAACCGCAUUCACCUUGUUCAUGCUUGAUAUGGGAUCUUUGGGUCAAAAAAUGCCAUAGCGAAUCAGAAAAUGUGAAUUGGAUCAUGGCUCACACAAAACACUGCCCCAAAUGUCACAAACCUGUGGAAAAGAAUGGUGGCUGCAACCUAGUUAGAUGUGUCUGCGGACAAUAUUUCUGUUACAAAUGUGGUGGUGCUACUGGGAGAGAUCAUACAUGGAGUAGUAUCGGUGGCCACAGUUGUAACCGUUUUAAAGAAGAAGAACGAAAAAACGUAGAGACUGCAAGACGAAGACUACAUAGAUACAUGCACUACUAUAACCGAUACAAGGCUCAUACAGAUUCUUUUAGGCAGGAAAGCAAUCUCAUGAAAACUAUCCAGGAAAGAAUUUCAUUAUCUGAAAAUAAGGAGUCCAAAAUUAAAGAUUACAGCUGGGUAUUGAAUGGAUUACAUAGACUCUUCAGAUCAAGGCGUGUUCUUUCAUAUACAUAUCCAUUUGCCUUCUUCAUGUUCGGGGAUGAGCUCUUCAAGGAUGAGAUGACACCAGGGGAAAGACAAACGAAACAAAAUCUAUUUGAAGACCAACAACAACAGCUAGAAUCCAAUGUAGAGAAGCUGUCUCUGUUUCUUGAGAAGGAAUUUCAACACUUGACUGUUGAAGAGAUUAUUGAGACACGUAUGCAAGUCAUCAAUCUAUCCAGGAUUGUUGAUAAUUCUUGCAAAGAAAUGUACCAAUGCAUAGAGAAUGAUUUAUUGUAUCCCCUCAAACAUUCAGUUCACCACAUCGCUCCAUACAAAUCUAGGGGCCUUGAGAGGGCAUCGGAACUUUCUGAAUGUUGGGAUUCUGAUGAAAGUUUGAGGAACAUGAAAACCAGCAAUUGUGGCAGCUGUAUGCAACAGAAUUCAACUAUUAAUGGAACCGGUGCAACGGGACUGGGCAGGCAUUUUGUCUUCCAGUUGCAUGGAUCUUCGAGUGCAGUGGAGGGUGUAUUCUCUUCAAGAAAACGUGCCAGGAAAGAUGAUCCUGGAGGUGUUGCUCUCUUUGAUCUCAACAUGCCUGCAAUAUGAUUGAGAGGAGUUGAAUCCAGCUUCCAUUUCAUUAUUUGCAUGUGCACAGCUCUUACUGAAGUAGCUAUACUUCAUACAAUUUCCAAUUAUCCUUUUUGCCUCUCCUGAUACUGAUUAGCUUCCAAAUGGUGUAUUUAUGCUCUCUCUACCAUUGUCUUUUUGUUUUUUUCAUACAUAGCUUCAUCUCAGCCCUUGUACAGUUGACUCAUCCCUGCAAAGUUUAUGAGGUCUCUUUUGAACUAUGGGAACUUUAAAAUGAUCCCAUGCGUACUGGAGCAGCAUCUUUGAACCAGUGUACUGUGGUUGUGUGAUCAAUAUGGAGCUAAUGAUAUGAUAAUUACGAAAUCAGAUUAUGAAAUGCUUUGCCUCCA